AUGGUUGGUGGAAGAUGCGAUAUUUUGCAGGAUUUACGCGUUCUCUCGGCGGUGGCAUCAUCCGACGGCAGCUGCUUGGCUGGCGGCCGGCAUAGAAGAAAGAAGGUGAUGAAAAUUGAAACCGGUGUCCUUGUCGCCACAGAUCGUCGUAGAUCGUCGCUGUCAGCGCGCCAUCAGCAGCCAUCGUUCUCUGACCGAAAGCAACCGACCGGAACGCUGAUGGUGGUCGCCAAAGCUCGACCAUGCUGGUUAAUGGAGAAAAGAAAAAUUAUUAUUGAUCACCAACAAAGCGGGUCGGAAAGACUAUGUAAUGGCGGGUCAGAAGGACCGCGCAAUGGCGGGUCGGAAAGACCGCGCAAUGGCGGGUCGGAAGGACCGCGCAAUGGCGGGUCGGAAGGACCGCGCAAUGGCGGGUCGGAAGGACCGCGCAAUGGCGGGUCGGAAGGACCGCGCAAUGGUGGGUCGAAAGGACCGCGCAAUGGCGGGUCGGAAGGACCGCGCAAUGGCGGAUCGGAGAGACCGCACAACCGCGGGUCGAAAGGACCGCGCAAUCGCGGGUUGGAAGGACCGCGCAAUCGCGGGUUGGAAGGACCGCGCAAUCGCGGGUCGGAAAGACCGCAUAAAAACGGAUAG